ACCGGAACGAACCUGCAGCCACCGCAGAGCACGCCAUUGACCGAAUCGAGCGACCCAGAGCCAAGCCAAUCCGAGCCGAGAGUUUCUUCUCCGUUGCCAGCGCCGCCGAGCAGACGACGGCGACGACGAUGGGCAAGAUCAAGAUGCCGGCCCUGUUCCGCCGCCGCUCCUCCUCCAAGUCGCGCUCCGCGUCGCCGCCGCCUACUCCCCAGGAGGAAGAGGGCACCCGGCCGGCGUCUGGCGCGGGGUCCCCGGCGCGGUCGGCGGAGGAGGAGAUGGAGCGGGUGUUCCGCAAGUUCGACGCCAACGGCGACGGCCGGAUCUCGCGGCCGGAGCUGGCGGCCCUGUUCGAGAGCCUGGGCCACGCGGCCACGGAGGACGAGCUGACCCGCAUGAUGGCGGAGGCCGACGCGGACGGCGACGGCUUCAUCAGCCUGGAGGAGUUCGCGGCGCUGAACGCCACGGCGGCCGGCGACGACGAGGAGGACCUGCGGCUGGCCUUCAAGGUGUUCGACGCGGACGGCAGCGGCGACAUCUCGGCCGCGGAGCUGGCUCGCGUGCUCCACGGCCUUGGCGAGAAGGCGACAGUGCAGCAGUGCCGGCGCAUGAUCGAGGGCGUGGACAAGAACGGCGACGGGCUCAUCUCCUUCGACGAGUUCAAGGUCAUGAUGGCCUCCGGCUUGGCCGCCAAGAUGGCCUGAUCCCUCCAUCCUCUUCUCGAUUCAGCGAUUCGUCCACGUCUUCCUCCCUCCCUCCUUCCUCUCGCGUGCGGUGCGGUGCGGUGCGGUGCGGAUUAAGUGCGAAUUAAGUGUACAUAAUUCAAGGAUUAAAGGGCGGCCAUUAGAGCGUGCGUGCGUGCGUUAGUAGAUUCUUUGGUUUCUUUCUUUUCUUGGUGGUGCCGACUGCCGAGUAACCAAGCUGAGAAUAGCUACGGUUUGGCCACCAGUUGUUAUCCCAAAGCAGAACCCAUUGGCCAGGGUGGUACCUCCGCCUCCGGGCUACCUGAAGAAGAUUAAUGUGGAUGGAGGGGGGAUACCGUUCAACAAAUGUCCGUUUAGUUUAGAAAAAUAAAAUGUACAGUACAAUUCAAAAGUUGGUUGUGAAAUUUUGAAAAAAUAAAAUGUUUGUU